GUGAGGGUCGCAGAGGGAGACACACACACACACACAUACACGGAGGGUGACGGCCAAGGAUCAGAGUCACGGCCGUUCCAGAAGCCACGAUCCCGGGGACCUCGACCGAUCGCAGGAUCCGAAUGAAUGCCCGGCCUAGUAAAUGUGGAUAUCAAACAGCUAACAUAUAGAGGAAGCGGUUUACUCAUGGAGGAGAUUGAGCAGUGGUUUAAUCACCUGCGCAUUGCCAAACGAUCCACACAGAAAACUAAGGAGUUAACCUACCUUCUGGACAUUGACUGCCUAAAGGCUCCCACAGGACAAAGCAGUCAACUAAUUGCAGUUUCAUGUUCUAAUCACUCUAUCCGUGUGUACAAUAAACAGACGCUAACUCUAGUUCAACAGUUCCAGGGUCACUCUGCUCCUGUUAGUGGCAUUAGGUUUGCACAAACCACUGGCCAUUUGUUAUUUUCUGCAUCAUGUGACGGGACAGUGAAAUCUUGGGAUGUGCGUUCCUCUAGCCCAGAGCCAGUUCAGAAUUAUACCGGCUAUCCUAAUAAUGCGUUUAUAAGCUUUGAUAUUAGCUGUAAUGAUUUGGUUAUCUGUGCUGGAACAGAAAAAGUUGAAGAAGAUACUUUCAUGGUUUUCUGGGAUGCACGCAGCGUGACAAACAUGGAUAGUCGUGGAAGCCAGGAACCUCUUGGAGUUUAUUCAGAGACUCACAACAACGACAUCACUCAAGUGUGUUUCCACCCCUCAAAUCCCAACAUGGUGGCGUCAGGGUCGACUGAUGGAUUGGUCAACAUUUUUGACAUCAGCCAAGAAACAGAAGAUGAUGCACUUCUUGCAACUUGCAAUUCUGAUUCCUCAGUCAGCUUUGUUGGGUGGUCUGGUAAAGACCUGGAACAGAUUUUUUGCAUGACUUAUGAUGAAGGUUUCUAUCUUUGGGAUCUUUCCCAUCUGCAUAAUGAUGAGCCCAUUACACUGGUGAAAAUGCAGGAUGCCCGAGAAAGCUUGAAACUUGACAAUGGCCACCUGGACUACCUGAUUGGAGGCUUUUACCAUGAAAAGGUUGAAAAGUUGUUUGUACUGGGUGGCACCACUAUGGGGAAGCUUCAUUUUUUAACAUGUGAUGCUGGCAGCCUUACCCAUCUGCAUACCUUACAUGACAGACACUCGGCUAUAGUUCGUGCUUUUUAUUGGGAUUCUGAGGAGAAUUCUCUGCUGACAUGUGGGGAAGACGCUCAGCUAUUUUUAUGGAAACCAAAUGCCACAGAAUUAACCACAGAAAAGAAGACCUCAAUGAAGCUUCCAUCGGAUGUGCUUAGAAAAAUGAGAGUUCAUAGCAAAAAUGCUUACCAAGUCAAGAAAUAAGAUGCGAAGUACAAAAUAAGUUGGUGUACUUCUAGCAGGUCCCCAUUCCUCAUUCCUGGAACAUCUGGACAACAACCUAUGUCAGACUCAUGCUUGUGGACUACAGCUCCGCCUUCAACACUAUUAUCCUCUCCAGACUGAUUAUAAAACUGCAUGAUCUUGAUCUCGGCUCUGCCCUCUGCAACUGGAUCUUCAACUUUCUGACCCAUAAGCCACAGCCAACGAGGAUAGGUAUCUGCACCUCCUUCACAACAACACUCAACACUGGAGCCCUCGAGGAUGUGUCCUCAGCCUCCUACUGUACUCCCUGUACAUCUACAAUGUGAUGCCAAAUUCUGAAUGAACGCCAUCUACAAGUUUGCUGAUGACACCACCGUAAUACAGAAGAGAUUUAGAGGGCUUGGUGACGUGGUGCAAUGAAAACAAUCUGUCUCUCAAUGUUGCCAAAACUUAACUGAUCAUUGACAUCAGAAAGAAUGGAGGAGAACAUGCCCCCAUCUACAUCAACAGAACUGAGGUUGAUAGAAGUGAACAGCGUCAAGUUCCUUGGAGUGAAGAUAACCUAUAACCUGUCCUGUACUUCACAUAUACGUGCGACAGUCAAGAAGGCACAGCAACACCUCCUUCCUCAGGCUGGUCAGGAAAUUUGGCGUGUCCAUAAGGACCCUCGGCAAUCUCUACAGAUGCAUUGUUGAAAGCAUACAGUCCGGGUGCAUAACUGCCUGUUAUGGCAACUACUCUGCCCAGGACCGUAAGAAACUGCAGAAGGUGGUAUGCAUAGCCCAAACUGUCAUGGGAGCCAGCCUUCCAUCCAUUGACUCUAUUAACAUAGCUUGCUGUCAUGGAAAGGUGGCCAUCAUCAUCAAAGAUCCCUCGCACCCUGGUAAUGAUCUCCUACAACCUCUUCCGUCAGGCAGAAGAUACAGAAGCCUGAACACAUGCAGCAGCAGGUUCAAAAGCAGCAGCUUCCUGGCUGUUAUCAGACUGUUGAAUGGACUCUAGCCUCAAAUAAAGUAACCAUAAUGUAUGCUCUAAGUCUUUUUGAACUGUAUAUCCUUUGCUUGCUGAGAUCUGCCUGUUCCACUCGUAAACAAAGCUUUUCACUGUAUUUUGGUACACAUGUCAAUAAAAUCAAUCCAUUCA